AUGUGGCUGCCUGUCGGUCAUGUGCUUGCUGAGAUGCGUUUCAGCUGUUCGGUAGCAUGGGUUGUCAUCUGCGUCAUUUCAGCCCCUGCGGACCUGGCCGAGCCAUGCAAGGGUGGCGAGCAGGUGUGGGCAUACUUCGCUGGGGAGGUUGACGUUGGAGACGGCGUUGCAGAGCCAUGCAAUCCCAGCAUGAAGGAGUGCUGGUUCGACGCGGAGGUCCAGCAUGGGCCAGAUGACCAUGGCGUGUACCACAUCGUUUGGGCAGAUGCAACACCGUCCUUCCAAGAGGUGCAUGGUUCACAACUCCUUCGCCUCGACUCCGAUAAGGCUUGUGGCGUCGCCAGAGCUGCAGCUUUGGAAACCUCGCAGGAUCGUGGUCCUGUGGCACCGACGCUGCUGUUGCGUCUCCACUGGGAGGCAUCGGAUGUUGCAUGGCGUGCUGACGCCAUUGCCAAGUUGCGUGAAGACUUUGGACCUGAGGAGGUGAUUGAUGAUUUCGACUGGCAUGUGAUCAUGAGGUUCAAGGGCACAGCGGCCUGUGAGGAGGUGCGUGAUCUCUUGCAGAAUCUUUUAAACCUCUGCGAUGAUCCUGAAAGUUCCGGGCUUGGGCAGGUCCUGUCAGUGAAGGAUGCAGUUCUGUUCCAAUAUGUUCCAAUCGCCGCGGGUUUUGGUGUGUGUGGUGCUUCUGUCUGA